AUGCCACCCAAAGCUGCCCUUACGAGCUCGUUCCCAUUGUCGACCGACGCGGAAAAUGAGGUGGUUUGUCCUCUCACCAACCAAGAUGGUUCGCAGUGCCGGAAGCGAUGUAUCGGAGAAAAGCGAUACCGAUCGAUGCAAGAACACAUCAGACGCGCCCAUCCCGACUACUACAUCCCUAAACUGCCUGCCACGGAAGAGAGUUUCCAGUUGAUGAUCAGUACGCCGCCGUCACAACGCCCACAACAACCCGCCGCAGCACCCGCGCCCGCUCGAAAAGGCCUUUCGGAUGCCAGUGACCAGGGUCCAUUACUGGAACAAGUUGGAGCCGUCACCGGCCCUCCUUCAGGUCCUGCGAAUGCCGCGGUCGCCCUGGCUCAACUCCACAAUUGGGAUUCGGAUUUUGAUGUGUUCCCCGACUCCGACUACAAACGUGAAGGGUCGGGUGGCUUUGAACUGCCUUCUCUACGAGCGCAAUUUAGCGAAGACACUCUCCCACCGUUCCAAACGUCGCGUACGCGCGAACUGUUACCUUCUAUUCUACAAUCUCCGGGUAGUCGGUACUCGUCGUUACCGCCGAUCCAGCGCCGCGAGAAGAUGCAGCGGUCGAAGAAGUCGUCCAUGGGACAAAACGCACGCAAGGGCAAACAUGAACGCGGAAAGUCUAGGGAGUUCUCAGCCAAGGACUUCACCAGGCGAUUAAGCGUCGAAGGCCGAAAGGCCAUGUCUGCGGAACCGCCGACGGCGGCUUGGGUGCAAGGCAAGAGAUGGGAAGAUCUGAUCGAGGCAGCGACGACUGCUACCGAGGUGGAUGAUGAUCGUGAUCUCACUCCCGUAAGUCAGACGACAUUUUUCGAUUGUCCUCUGUUUACUUGCUGCUGUCAAGAGAUCGAAAUUCUGUAG